AUGGAACACAUGGCGCAAAAUAUGCACUAUGUUGGAGACACAAAAGAUUUGUUUGAACUUUCAGGCAGCAUAAAAAACUUGUUGCAAUUUAACAAAACACUUACACAAUCAGUUAAAUCGGAAUUAAUUGAUGUUGAAAUAUUAGACGAAAUAAAAAAUAUUACAAAUUGCGAAAAUACAGCUAUUUAUUUUGGUAAAACUUUACGAGAUAUAAAAAUUGUCAUAGAGGAUGACGAACUAAGGAAGCAUGAAAUUUAUUUGGAAUAUAAAGCUCCUAAAAAGUUAAUGAUUACUAAUCUUAAGUUACCUUCUUCCAUUAAACUUAAUCGUGAAUAUAGUUGUAUUAAAGAUAUAUUAAAUACAGUCAAACAAAAUGUGUAUGACUUGGCCAGAUAUUUCUAUGAGAUGGAAAAUAUAGAUCAACUCUGUAGUGUUAUGGAGCCUAUAAAUGGUUCAUUCAAAGACGAUUAUAGAAGGAUAUUUCUCGAUGACAGGACUUGGCUGCAUGUUGAGGUGACUCCUGAAGGUAUAGCAACCAACAUUCAUUUGAUUGGGCAAUCUAUGUAUUGGCACAACAAACUACAAUCAGGACUACUUAAUUGGGAUCAUGAUAAAAGUAUUGUUGACAACAUAAUGAUGAUAUUUGAUUUGUUUCAGUUUCCUCAACCUACAUUCAAACAUGGUGCACCACUAGAUAUGGACACUGAAGAUACCACGGAGAAUCCAAUUGUUUGUGGCAUUUGUUUGUGCACAGAAUUGCCUGACAGCCCUGGUGUGCCACAGCCUCUAUGUCAGAAUAUAUCCUGCGGGGUUUAUUACCACAGAACUUGUCUGUAUCAGUGGUUAGUUGCAUGUUCUGGCAGUCGGCCGCCCGCUUUUGGUAUUGCAAAUGGAAGCUGCCCUACCUGUCUUCAAUCUAUAGCAUGCAGUGAAAAAGAUAAUUGA